GCCGUUGGUGGUGUGGCUGCGCAUGCGCCUGGGGGCGACUCGCGGUGCCCGGGGCCGGCGGCACCAUGAUGUGGUUCGGAGGGUCUAUCCCGGCCGCUAUCGCCGCAGCCAAGCAGCGGAGCUCGGUUUUCGUCGUGUUCGUGUCAGGUGAGGAUGAACAGUCUACUGAGAUGGCUGCAAGGUGGGAAGAUGAGAAGGUGUCUGAAGCUGCCGCAGAUGGUUUUGUUGCUAUUAAGAUUGACACCAAAAGUGAAGCAUGCCUGCAGUUUUCUCAAAUUUAUCCUGUAGUGUGCGUUCCAUCCAGUUUUUUUAUAGGAGACAACGGAAUCCCUUUGGAAGUAAUUGCUGGCAGCAUUUCUGUUGAAGAGCUUGUUACAAGAAUCCAUAAAGUUAAACAGAUGCACACAGGAAAAGGGCAGCCUUUGGAAAAUGGAAGUGAAACUUCUGCUCCCUAUCCCUCCUCUCAACCUGAUGGUGCUUCAGAAAAUACACAAUCCAGAGCAGCAGAGUUUUGUGACUCCCCUGUCACAUCUGAGACAAUGAGACCUUCUGCUAGUAACGAUGGAGCAAAUUCAGAUCAAACAAGCCAGGAAGCAACUAAUUCUUCAGAUGAGCAAGUGAGUGAAGCUCAGCCUGUGAAUGAUCUUGCACUCAAAGUAGAAAGAAUAACAAAAAAGCUUGAAGAAAGACGAGAAGAGAAAAGGAAAGAAGAAGAACAGAAAGAAAUUAAGAAAGAAAUUGAACGGAGAAAAACUGGUAAAGAAAUGUUGGAGUACAAAAGGCGACAGGAGGAAGAAUUGACAAAACGUAUGUUAGAGGAAAGGAACAGAGAAAAGGCAGAAGACAGAGCUGCGAGAGAGCGCAUAAGACAACAGAUUGCAAUGGAUCGUGCUGAGAGAGCUGCUCGCUUUGCAAAAUCAAAGGAAGAAGCAGAAGCUGCAAAAGCAGCAGCUCUUCAGGCUAGUCGGGCUGAAAUAGAGGCCAGGAAAGAAGCUGCUCAAAAGGAGCGAAGUGCAAUAGCCAGGAUUCAGUUCCGCCUUCCAGAUGGAUCUUCCUUUACUAACCAGUUCCCAUCUGAAGCACGGCUAGAAGAAGCAAGGCAGUUUGCUGCACAGACGGUUGGUAAUGCUUAUGGUAGUUUUUCACUGGCGACAAUGUUUCCCAGAAGGGAGUUUACCAAAGAAGAUUAUGGAAAGACGUUACUGGAACUAGAGUUAGCACCCAGUGCUUCAGUUGUGUUGCUGCCGGCGGGAAGACCUGCUACUUCUGUGGUUCAGGCGUCAGGCGGUGAUCUCUGGAAGUUCUUGGGCACAAUACUUUAUCCCCUCUUAGCGGUUUGGAGAUUUAUUAGCAACUUCCUGUUUACAAGUCCACCCCCUUCACAGUCUGCCGUGAGAUCAGCUCAUCAGCCAGACCAUCCCAAUCCUUCGGCAUCCAGCAGCACUGAGCAAAGCAGGCAAGCAGUCAGGAAACGAGUACUGGAAAAGCGGGGGGAAGACUUCAAAAAAGAAGGAAAAAUAUAUAGACUGAGGACUCAAGAUGAUGGAGAAGAUGAAAACAAUACUUGGAAUGGAAAUUCUACACAACAAAUGUAGUUUUGAGCAACUGCGGUAAUCACUGUCUGGUUUAGGGUUAUUUUUCCUCUCUCCCCUUAUUGAUCUAAGUCAACUAAAGCUUCAGGUCAAGUGGGGCUAAUUUUACCCUGACUGAGUUUCUUCAUUCUUAUUCCUGCAGUGGAGUACGGAAUAAAGUCACCUAAGUCAGAAAACUGAGUGGAUGUGGCUGAGGCCUAGAAGCAAGAAGCUGGAAAGACUGAAAAUCUCCAUCAGCUUUCAUAAUCAUUAUCCUACUGCCAUAGAAAGGCACUUUUUAAUCUAUAAAUAUUCUGCUGCGUAAAUUUAAGGGACAGAUACAAAGGUCAUGGUACUGACUGAUUCAAAUGAGGGUUUCAGGAGCACUAUAGGUAGUAAAUCAGAUAACUAAUUUAUGUUUAACUUUGUUCUUGCUUCUGCAACUGCAAGCAAAACCUUGUAGUUUUUAAUUCCCAAGCACUCAAUAAACUAUUUUCCAGAAAACA